GGGGCGCCGGGCACGGCAGGGGACCCGCAGAUGGCGAGGAAGGAAUGGGCAAGAGAGAGACAGAGUUGGACACUACAGCGGGAUGGAGAGAGAGGAAGAUGCAGGGAGGGAGGGAUGGAGAGAAAGACGGUGAGAGGAAACAGACGCAGAAAAAGGCAGAGAAGUAGAGCAACGGAGAGAUAAAGAAGAGAGGGAAGAAUAAAUCGCGAAAAGGAAAAAGGAGAGGCCGAGACAGAAAGAGGCUUUAUAGAUGAACAGAUAUGAACUAAGAUAGAAGAAGAAGGAGUUUAAGAGACCAAAGAGAAGGAAAGAGAAAGAGUGACUAAAAUAGCAAGGGGUGGAGGGAGAGUGGAUAUUGAAGCAAAGAGAAAGAUUUGAGAGAGACCACAAAGGAGAGAGAGGGAAGCUCAGUGGCGGGAGUAGAGCUGGCAAGAGAGGAGCCCGGGUCUGGGGUGGGAGGUCACAGCUGCCGGGCGGGGCAGCCCGGGAGGCCAGCUGCAUCUCAGAGGGCCUGCGGAGGCUCAGGCCUGGCUUUAUAGGACAUUGUCUAAGAAGCCAGACUCCAAAGGCUGCAGAACCCUUCAGCCCUCCCCAAGGAGAUGCAGCUCAGAGCACAGCGUGUGACAGACACAUGGCCAUGCAACGCCGUCUGGAUGUCAUGGAGGAGCAGAGACACCACCAGGGGGCGGAGCAACAAAAGAAAUGUGAGCGCCAGCCUGCAAAGUCCCAAAAGGGAGAAGAUGGUAGAGAAGACCGUGGAGCACCUGGCGACAGAGGUGAAAGGCCUGCUGGGCCUGCUGGAGGAGCUGGCCUGGAACCUGCCCCCGGGACCCUUCAGCCCCGCCCCCGACCUCCUCGGAGAAGAUGGCUUCUGAGCCCCGGAGCUGGAGCCCAGCAGCUGGAAGUGGUGCACCUGCCAGUGGUGCACCUGCCAGGCAGCACCCUCUGAGAGCCAGCCCUGUCCGCUCGCCUUCCUUCCCCAGCUUUGUGUGAAAUAAAAGCUACUCCUUCCGUCUC